UUGCUCAUUGUGUGGCGAACUUAUCCUGUUCAGUUCUCAACAAGUUUAUUAUCAAACGAUGGCAGUGGAUCCCAUGUUUGUCCAGGAUUACAAUGCAGCGUUUGAGCCCGAGACAUACUUGAACACCUUCUACAAUGACACCUCUCCCAGGAUGGCUUUCGGCCUGACCCAGUUCCACGAGGCUUUUGCUUCAGGAAACAUCAAGGGGAGACAACUGCUUGACUUUGGUACGGGACCCACUAUACACUCAAUCAUCAGCGCGUCUCAACACUGUGAAAGCAUCUUACUGGCGGAGUUCUCACCCCAAAACAGAGACACCCUGAAACAAUGGCACAGUGGAGAGCUGAAACAUACUAGCCAUGCCAUAUUUCUUGACUAUGUCCUCAAACUGGAAGGAAAAGGGGAUUCUGUGUCUAACAGAGAAGCCAGCAUGAGAGAGAAAGUGUCUGGCAUCAUACCGUGUGACAUCCGAAAUGAGAACCCCUUUGCUCCAUGCUUCAUCCCCGCUGCUGACAUCAUCACAUCCUCCCUGUGCAUGGAAGCAGUGGCCCUGAGUAUUCCCGAAUAUGAAUCUUAUGCAGCGCAACUUGCUUCAGUCCUGAGACCUGGAGGACACCUAGUUCUUUUCGGCUGUGUUGGGGGAUCUUUCUAUACAGUUGGUACCAGUCGCUUCUCCAGCUUUGGUAUGACCAGUUCAGAGACACAGACUGCGUAGACAAAAGCUGGUUUGGAGAUUGAAACCUGGAAGGAAGGUCAUUGUCCAAAUUCAGGAAUUUCGGAUAUUGAUGGAUUCUUCACUUUGGUUGCAAGGAAGACGCAGGCGUGAAAACAGAAGUUAUUAAAUUACCAGGUCUACAUAAAAAGGAUAGAUAUGUAUGGAGAUGGCUAUCUUAUUCAGAAUAAAUAUGACAUACUGUAUCCUCAUCAUUAAAACAAAUACAAAGUAACGCCUAUGUCGGCAUAAUUUUGCUUCAUUUGCUUGUGACCAUUGUCAGUCUAGGUCUAAACUUUGUCAUUAGUGCCUUACGUGAAACUGAGGUAAGGUGAGGUGAAAUGGGGUUUAACGUCGCGUCCAAGAUUAUUGCACUUAUAUAGCGACGUGCAUGCACGUGUGUGUGUGUGUGUGUGGCUGCUUGUACU